AUGUUAGUAGGAAAGAAUUUAUGCCUCAUUGGCGGUUCAGGAUACGUAGGUUCUGCUAUAGCUAAAAAAGCUUAGAAGUUAGGAGCUUAAGUCACUUGCAUCUCUAGAAGAGGAGCUCCUAUAACUAGAUAGGAUUGGUAGUAAAACAUAAAUUAUGUUUAGGCUGAUGUAACUGACCCUGAAAAGAUAUCAUAGAAUCUUGAAAAAGCAGAUGCAGUAAUUAAUACUGUUGGAACUUUAAUUGAUACAUCCUUCACUUAAGGUAAAAAACCUGGUGAUUACGGAACAUAUGAGCACUUAAAUAGAGACGUAGCAAUUAACAUUGCAAAUAAACUUGAAUCAUUUAAAAAAUAUAAAAAAAUAGUUUAUUUAAGUUCUGCUGCUCCACCUCCAUUUAUCAACAGAUAUAUUACUACUAAAUAAGAAGCAGAAGAGCAUUUACUUUCUUUAACUCAUGUUAAAAGUACGAUUUUAAGACCUGGUUUUAUUUAUAGCUUUUAAGAAAGAUGGUGGAGUUUGAUUGUUAGAUAUGAAUGUGAUGCUUGGAAUUAUCUCCAUACCAAAUUAAUGGAAAAUGUUCCUUAAAACAGUGUAAUGAAAGAUGUUGUUGAAAAAUUCUAUGUAGAAAGAUCUGUCCUCCUCAAAGACGUUGUAAAUGCUUCUUUGUAUUCAGCAGUCAACAAAGAAACUGAUGGCUUACGUCUUACAAAUGAAGAUAUUGAAAAAUAUUCUGAAAUUUUUGAGAAAAAGUGA